GUAUUCGUUUUGAUUAUUGACACUGCGCAACAAAUCACCAGGUAUCUGUCAGUGUUAAGUGCGUAACAAAUUGGAUAUAAAAAGUAACAUAAAUAUUUUUUUACGUUUUAAACAUGUCCUACGCUUAUUUGUUUAAGUAUAUAAUCAUUGGGGAUACAGGUGUGGGUAAAUCGUGCCUGCUGCUCCAAUUUACAGAUAAACGUUUUCAACCCGUACACGAUUUAACAAUAGGAGUCGAAUUUGGGGCCCGAAUGAUUACAAUCGAUAGCAAGCAAAUUAAAUUGCAAAUUUGGGAUACCGCCGGUCAAGAAGCUUUCAGAUCUAUCACGAGAUCGUAUUAUAGAGGUGCCGCUGGGGCUUUAUUAGUAUAUGACAUCACUAGAAGGGAAACUUUUAAUCAUUUAACUACUUGGUUGGAUGACGCUAGGCAACAUUCGAAUUCGAAUAUGGUUAUUAUGUUGAUUGGAAAUAAAAGUGAUCUGGAAAGUAGACGGGAAGUUAUGAAAGAAGAAGGGGAAGCGUUCGCCCGUGAACACGGUUUAGUUUUUAUGGAAACUUCCGCUAAGACUGCCGCCAAUGUGGAAGAGGCUUUCAUAAAUACAGCAAAAGAAAUAUACGAAAAGAUUCAGGAAGGAGUUUUCGACAUAAACAACGAGGCUAACGGAAUUAAAAUAGGUCCCCAACAUUCCCCUACUAACCCCUCGUUGCCGGGAUCGGGAGGUGCUGGAAACGCACAAGGAUCUGGAUGUUGUUAGAUUUAAAAAUAUUUGUCUUAAAGGACUGUUCUGAUUUACAGGAUUGUUCUGCUGUUUUUUUAUUCAUCUCUAAGUAAAUAAUUAAUGAAACAUAAAUUUUUGUUGAAAUAAACAAUUAGAUGCAUUCUCAUCAUUACGCUCAAUAUUUCGUUUUUUUUUAUCUACAGUAGGAUGGAAAAUAACUCGACACGAUGUUGAAGUCGAAAAAUUUAUUUGAUGGAUAAAAAAAUUGCUCAAAUGAUUUUUUAUUGGAUUUGUGGACAAUUUUAUUUUUGAAUCCAAUGAAAUGUGCGAAUAACAUUUGUCGGUAUUGGUUAUUAGAUUUUAUAAUUUUGGGGUGAAAUAUGAGAAAAAAUUUUCCUGAUUUCAAAUUUAAUUUGUAGACGAAAAAUGCUUUGACGAAACAAAUUUUAUCAAAUGACUUUGGGUUGAUCAUUUUUUCCUAUUCUUCUCAGAAUACACAAUUGACGUGGCAACGCCGUUUGCCUUUAUUUUCAUCAAAAUGGCGACCGACCAUCAACAACAUGUGGGCAGAUGUUGCCACUAAUUUUGAAAAAUAGUUGAGGCGUUCAUGAUUUUUUUUGUGGUUUGAAAUUUUUUGGGAUAUUAUCAGACACUUAAUGACUUCAAUCUACGGUUCAAUAUUGUUGCCACAUCAUUUUUUUCAUUUGAGCAAAAUUAUGGUGAUAUCGAAUAUCGAAAGAAAAACAGUGUUGCCAUUUGGUAAUAACCUUUCCAUGAUGAUAUCGCAAUAAAUGCGGUGAUGCCACGUCUAUAUUUUUCACUUAAAUAACUAUUUUUCCCUAUUCCUAGGGAAAAACCAAGUAGCGAGUAUUUCGAACCUGUUAUGUAAAGAAAUGCGGUGUUGCCACGUAAAUUUUACACUUGAACAAUGCUCUCAAAGUUUCCUAGUUUUAAGGAAAAAUCUAGUGACAGGUGAAGUCGAAAGAAAAGCGGUGUGUUGCCACGUUUCCGUUUUUUCUUAGAUGUAGGAAAAAUCCCAUGGUGAUAUGAUCGUUUCAACGGUGUUGCCACGUAAAUUUCAUACUUAAAUGGUCACGUCUAAUACCUGUCAAAAAAUCGAGAGAAAUGCAAUGUUGCCGUGCCAGUUUAAUACUUCAGAGCGGAUACAUUUCCUAGCCGAUUGUCUGUCAAAAGUCAAAGAAAAUGCAGUGUUGCCACAAUGUUACAUUUUCCCUAGUUGUAGGGAAAAAAUUGUCUUUUCAAAAUAAUGAAAUCGUCCUCUAUUAAAACUCGAAAUAAAUGCGGUGUUAAUCAGUUUAUUUUCUACUUUUUUGUUUUUUCUCACAACUGGCAACAGCGAAUGAUUUUAGAUUAUGUCCUAGAAUUAUUACGGUUUUCCUUAUUUUGGGAAUACACUUUAUUGAAAAUGAGAUAAAAAUUAUUCUUAUUGAAAAAUUUGGUUCAACUUUCCACUUAAAUGCUACAAAAAAGUCAUAACUAAAAACAAAUGGUAUUUUUUUAUCGAUAAUCGUUAAAUAAGGGUUGAAAGUGAUAUUUUGGUACCAAAAAUGUCGAAAAUCAUUGAAUUUAAGCUUAUUCUCACCCAAUACCGUCAUAUUUAUUACUAGUUUAUUUGUAUGAACACUUGUAUAUUCAAUAGAAUCAGAUACGGUUAUUAUUGUUAUAAUUUUUUUGUUUUUAGUCAAUUGAUGUAAAGAUUUUUAUAUUAUUUAUUUUUCUCUAUAUUACCGAAUUAUUAAAAAUUAAAAAUCAUUUAACCUUAUAUAAUUGGAAAAAAAACGAUCUUUUCUGUAAGCUUCUUAUGAAAUAUAUUAUUAAUUCUCAAAAAGUGCUUCAAUCAAAAUCCUAACCUAACCACUCGCAAAUAAUAGGAAAAGGGAAAAUGACGAGAAA